AUGAAUGAGGAUAGCGACAGGGCUCAGUUGAAAGCCAGACUGUGGGUCCACGUAGAGACACGACUACAACAGGCUCUGUGCUCCCAGGAUGCCAAAUACACACCGAGAUUCAUCAACUCUUUGUUAGAACUAGCGUAUUUACAGCUAGGGGAGAUGGGGAGCGACUUACAGGCAUUCGCGGAGCACGCUGGCCGAGAUGUGGUCGACAGGAGCGAUCUGAUGCUGUACCUGAGGAAGCAGCCGGAAUUGCAAGAGCAAGUUCAACAAGACGAGAAAACCAGAACUACUUGA